GGAUGUGAGGCUGGUUUAAUGCAUAGCUAGAAUAGGCCCAUGUGGUAUGUACCAUAACCGGGCGAGAUUAUCCCACUCCUACCACGUUUGAUAAAGGAAUAGUCAUAUAUGCAGAAUAUAACCUGUUAUGAUAGUUUGUGGAGGCUAUUGAAAUUCCGAAGAUGCUGAAAGAAGCAUUGGACGGCCAAGUAACAGUCGUUUGCAAUGCCAUCGUUGCGUCUGUGCAGAUCCAGGUUGAGCCGGUGGGCCGCUGGUUCGAGGCCUUCCUGAAGAGGAGGACUCGCGAUGUGUCCGCGUCGUUCCAGGAGCUGGAGGAGGAGGAGGAGCUGUCCGAGGAGUCCGAGGACGAAGAGCUGCAGCUGGAGGAGUACCCUCUGCUCAAGACCCUCGACCCCAAAGACUGGAAGAAUCAGGAUCACUACGCUGUUUUAGGAUUGGCCCACUUGAGGUACAGAGCCACACAGAAGCAAAUCAAAGCUGCUCAUAAAGCGAUGGUUUUGAAGCAUCACCCUGAUAAGCGGAAAGCUGCUGGAGAACAGAUCGUAGAAGGAGACAACGACUACUUCACCUGCAUCACUAAAGCAAUAGAGACCCUCUCGGACCCCGUGCGUAGGAGAGCGUUCGACAGCAUCGACCCCACCUUCGACAACAACGUGCCUUCCAAGAGCGAGGGCAAGGAGAACUUCGUGGAGGUCUUCACACCUGUGUUCGAGAGGAACUCCAGGUGGUCGACUAAAAAGCACGUCCCAAAACUUGGAGGCCCCGACGCCUCCUUUGAGGAGGUGGACCACUUCUACUCCUUCUGGUACAACUUUGACUCCUGGAGAGAGUUUUCCUACCUGGAUGAGGAGGAGAAAGAGAAGGCCGAAUGUCGUGAUGAGAGGAGGUGGAUUGAGAAGCAAAAUCGAGCUUCUCGAGCUCAGAGGAAGAAGGAGGAGAUGAACCGCAUUCGGACACUAGUUGAUACGGCGUAUAGCCUUGACCCGAGGAUAAAGAGGUUUAAGGAGGAGGAGAAGGCCAGGAAGGAGUCUGAGAAGAAGGCCAAAGUGGAGGCCAAGAAGAGGGAACAGGAGGAGAGAGAGAGGGCUCGUCAGGCGGAGCUGGAGGCGGUGCGGCUGGCGAAGGAGAAGGAGGAAGAGGAGGCCAAGCAGGCCGCCCUGGUGGCCAAGAAGGAGAAGGACAUGCAGAAGAAAGCCAUCAAGAAGGAGCGCCAGAAACUCAGGACCACAUGCAAGAACUGUAAUUACUUUGCUGAUAACGAGGCCGAGAGUGUGAAGAUGAUGGAAGAGGUGGAGAAGCUGUGUGAUCGCCUGGAGCUCGUCAGUCUGCAGUCCCUGAAUGAGGUGCUGGCGGCUGGGAAGAACGAGGAGAGCAAAGCUGCACUGGAGAAACAGGUGCAGGAGGUGAACUCUCGUAUCCAGAGGGAGCGGGAGCAGGAGGUGCAGGCUCAGCAGGCGGCGCGGGCGGCGGAACAGUCCACUGCUGGGGGGGGCGGGGGGGGCCGAGGCUGGAACGAGGAGGACCUGCAGCUGCUCAUCAAAGCCGUCAACCUGUUCCCCGCCGGAACCAAUGCCAGAUGGGAGGUCAUAGCCAACUACAUGAACCUGCACUCCACCAGUGGCCAGAAGCGGACCGCCAAAGACGUCAUCAACAAAGCCAAGAACCUGCAGAAGCUGGACCCGCACCAGAAGGAGGAGAUCAAUAAGAAGGCCUUUGAGAAGUUCCGCAAGGAGCAUGCAGUGGUGGCCCCUACAGUGGACAACGCAGUGCCCUCCGAGAGAUUCGACACCCCAGACUCCGGCGGGUCCCCCUGGACUACGGAGGAGCAGAAGCUUCUAGAACAGGCCCUGAAGACCUUCCCCGUCAGCACCGCCGAGCGCUGGGAGAAGAUCUCCGCCACCGUGCCCGGACGCUCCAAGAAGGACUGCAUGAGGAGAUACAAGGAGCUGGUGGAGAUGGUGAAGGCCAAGAAGGCUGCGCAGGAGCAGGCGUCUGGAAAGACUAAAAAAUGAAACACACACGAGGACACAACACACACACACACACACACACACACACACACAAACGUGCAGUGCAACACAUCACACACACACCCAGCCUCUGUUCUUUUAACAUUAUU